UAAAGUUGUCCUGGUUGAUGCAUGCAAUGUCUGAGCAGGGGAACGCGACCAAAGUCUGAUUUGGAGAACAGCGCUGCAAGGUUUGGCUAGUGUAUUUCUACCAAAACGCGCGCACACAGGAAUUGUAGGAAAUUGGCUACUACAAAAAGUUACCUUCGAUUCGCUGUGGAAUUCGAGCAGUUGAAGGGAUAAGUACGCUCCCUUUUUUUGGUUGCUAUGUCAGCCAAGGCAUCCAAAGGGAAGUGGGGGGCCCUGAAGGAGCACCUGGCCAGCAGCCCCCCCGACCGAGAUGCUUACCUGGAGGCCAACUUGGAGAACUCAGUUCCAGAGCUAUGCAUACGACUGCUACAGGUACCUACAGUGGUCAACUACUCAGGGGUGCGGAGGCGUCUGGAGGGGAGUGACCAGGAAUGGAUGGUGCAGUUCCUGGAGCUCAAUGGACUGGAUCUGCUGAUGGAGGCCCUGCAGAGGCUGUCUGGCCGGGGGUGUGCCCGCAUCGCUGACGCCCUCCUCCAGCUCACUUGUGUGGCCUGUGUGAAGGCAGUGAUGAACUCCUCAGCUGGGCUGCACUUUAUACUGGACAAUGAGGGAUACGUCAGGACCCUGUCACAAGCCCUGGACACGUCCAACACCAUGGUAAAGAUGCAGGUGUUUGAGCUGCUGGCGGCCCUCGCCCUGUUUAACCCACAGGGACACCACCUGGCCAUGGAUGCCCUGGAGCACUAUAAGAGUGUGAAUAUGCAGCAGUACCGCUUCAGCGUCAUCAUGAAUGAGCUGCAUGCGACUGACAACGUUCCGUACAUGGUCGUCCUCAUGAGUGUGGUCAACGUGAUCAUUUUCGGAGCAGAGGACCUAAGGAAGAGGGACAAACUACGCAAAGAGUUCAUCGGGCUUCAAUUACUACAAUUACUUCCAAAACUUAGAGAGACUGAGGAUGUGGACCUGAACAUCCAGUGUGAUGCCUUUGAGGAUACCAUGGCAGAGGAUGAGGAGGAGAUGGAGAGGGUGUACGGAGGCAUCGAUAUGAGCAGUCACCAGGAAGUCUUCACCACACUCUUCACCAAAUUGAGUAGCACCCCUGCAUCGGUGCAGCUGCUGUCUAUCCUGCAGGCUCUGUUGUUGGUAGGGCCGGAGCAGAGUGAGGUGUGGCUGGCCUUGGAGGCCCUGGCUGACCGCGCUACUUUGCUGGCACAGGACCCUGAAGUCGAUUCCACCAAGCGCCUGAUGGAACGUCUGGUGUUCUCCAAGGGUCAGCAAGGGUCACCUAAGGUCAAGACCACAGACCGGGGCGUUCAGAUUGAUCGGUCAAUCUGUCUAUCAGAUGUCCUCAUUAAAGAAUCUACUGCCCCUGUUGCCACUGCACCUCCUCCUCAUCUACCACCACCCCUACCAAGCAUGAGAACUUUUUUCCCACCACUUCCUGGCUUCUCUGGGAUGCCUCCCCCUGGCCUCCCUCCUCCGCCACCACCUCUACUAGGGAUGGGGCAUGGAGGUCCACCGCUUCCCCCACCCCUGCCUGGCAUGAUGGGUCCACCGCCUCCCCCACCCCUGCCUGGCAUGAUGGGUCCACCGCCUCCUCCACCCCUGCCUGGCAUGAUGGGUCCACCGCCUCCUCCACCCCUGCCUGGCAUGAUGGGUCCACCGCCUCCUCCACCCCUGCCUGGCAUGAUGGGUCCACCGCCUCCUCCACCCCUGCCUGGCAUGAUGGGUCCACCGCCUCCUCCACCCCUGCCUGGCAUGAUGGGUCCACCGCCUCCUCCACCCCUGCCUGGCAUGAUGGGUCCACCGCCUCCCCCACCCCUGCCUGGCAUGAUGGGUCCACCGCCUCCUCCACCCCUGCCUGGCAUGAUGGGUCCACUGCCUCCUCCACCCCUGCCUGGCAUGAUGGGUCCACCGCCUCCCCUUGGUCGCAAUGACAUUAUAGUGGCCCAGAGUGUGCAGAUGCAGGGUCGAUCCUGCUACGCCUCUUCACCCAAAGCGGGCCGCUGCCCCACACUGCGCAUGAAGAAGCUCAACUGGCAGAAGCUGCCAUCCAGAGUGGUGACUGAUAGUCACUCCAUGUGGACCUCAGUACAGGUAGAUUCUCUGGAGCCUGACUACUCCAGUAUUGAGGCGCUCUUCUGUCUGCCAGUGACUGACUCCAAAGCCAAAGGCGGCACCCCUGCAGUCAAACAGGAGCCCAAAGAGAUUUCUUUCAUCGAUGCCAAAAAAAAUCUUAACCUGAACAUAUUCUUGAAACAAUUCAGAUGCUCACAUAAGGACUUUGUGGCCAUGAUUCAAAAAGGUGACCGGUCCAAGUUUGAUGUGGAGGUGCUGAAACAGCUGCAAAAGCUACAGCCAGAGAAGCAUGAGAUUGAGAACCUGAAGUCCUACCAGGGAGAGCGGGAGAAGUUAGCUGGUGUGGACCAGUUUUAUCUUCAGCUCCUAGCUGUUCCAUGCUAUGCCCUGAGGAUCGAGUGCAUGUUGCUGUGUGAGGAGAUCAGCUCAGUGUUACAGAUGAUGCAGCCUAAAGUUAAGCUGCUGGACGAGGCCUGUGAGAGUCUGAGAGUGAGCACUCGACUGCCAAGCUUCUGCAUGCUCAUUCUGGACGUUGGAAACUUCCUCAACUAUGGAAGCCACACGGGGAACGCUGAGGGCUUCAAGAUCAGCACACUGUUGAAACUCACUGAAACUAAGGCCAAUAAAAGUCGCAUCACGCUGCUCCACCACAUCCUAGAGGAGGCUGAGCAGAACCAUAAUGACCUGUUGAACCUUCCAGAUGAUCUAGAGAUCUGUGAGAAGGCUGCUCGUGUGAAUUUGGAGUCUAUCCAGUCAGAGGCGAGCUUGCUCAUCAAGCGGUUGAAAGAUUCAGAGAAGAAGGUGGCUUCCUCCUCUGUGGAGGCCAUCAAGGAGCAAUAUCUCACUGCCAUACAGGGAAGCCAGGAGGCCUGCAGGGAGCUGGAGGCGAGGUUUGCCUCCAUCGACAGGAAGAAGGAGAAUCUGGCACAGUAUCUGUGUGAGGACUCAUCCCGUCUGUCCCUGGAGGACUUGUUCAGCACUUUACAUUCCUUCAGGGGACUCUUCAUCAACGCUCUCAAGGACAAUCAGACCCGCCGAGAGCAAGCGAUUAAGGCUGAGAAGAGGAAGAAACAGCAGGAAGAGGAGGAUUCCAAGAGACCAAGGGGGGAGAACAGGAAGAUAAUUCGUAAAGCCCCCCCGGUCCAGGAGGAGGGCUGCAUCAUUGACCACCUGCUGUCUGACAUCAGGAAGGGCUAUGCGCUGAGGAAGACCAAGCACCAGGCCGACAGGACCAGCCUGCCUUCUGAGGACAAGAAAGGGGACAGCAGUCAGCCUGGUGAACAGGGCACCAUGCUUAAGGGAACAUCUGCUAUAGAUGCCAAAGAGAAAGUUGAAAAGGUGACUUCACCCAUUGACCUAGGACAACAAGGCGGAGAUCCGGUCGUAGGGGAGUCCUCCUCCGGCCUCCCCACAGACCCCUCACUUCAGUCGAGUUCACCCAAAACAUCAGGCCCCUCAGACCUUCAUACCACCACCAAGGAUCACAUCCAGAGUGAAGACCUCAACCCUGGGAUGGAUUCCUCUACUGACCACCAGCUCAAGGAGUCCCCAGAGGGAGAGGGGUUUAAGGCCGCUGAAUCCAAGGUUGAGAAUGUGAACAGGAAUGCAUUCUCAGCUGCUGGGGAUGGUCCAAAGAGCAGAGAUGCAGAGACCGAUGGGAACAGGGAGAGUGGAGCUGAUGGAAAUGGGUUAGAGGAGGCUCAAUCAUCAGAGUCCCCCUCAACCACAGCUGAUGUCAACGCAGAGUCCAAACAGGCACAGAAACGGGGGAGUACUAAGAGACAUGGCAAAGCCAAGCGCAAAGGAAAAGACCACACUAAACUUAAAAAGGUGUGUGUGUUACAAUGAGGGAGUUUUCCUUCUUUCAGGCUAUCAGAAACAUCAUCCACUAAGCUUGCAUGGAUCUCACUAGAUCCUUGGUGAUUUAAGGGUCCUGUUUCACUGGUUUACUGUCUAUUCUGCGUCUUGGCCAUCCUGCACAUCCCUCCCCUUUCCUCCCUUGACCUUUCUGAAGCUAUUUGCAGUUACUGUUCCUGCUUGAGCUCUCUUCCAUGUCUGAGGUAUGGUUAGCCUGGCUGGCUUCCUGUUGGUGCUUUAUGGUUGACUUCCAGGGGCUUUUUGGUGGUUGUAUAUUGUCUGUCAGCUAGUACUGGGUGGUUGGAGAUUCAUAGGCUUGCCAUCAUUGGAUCCCCCUAGUACAUGAGGUGCCCUUAUGAUGGGAGAUGUGAUACCCCUCGCGCCUGACGAAACGCAUACCGACUCACUGAACAUUGCGGGACCUCAGCCAAACUCUCGACCUCAGCAGAACUCUGCAUGUUCUCCCUACCAACAACCAACACACAUAGAGAUCAGAUCUGGGCCAGUGGUUUUUGUGGGUCAUGUCAGUGUUGAUUCACUUGGUUUGAGUAACUUUUUGUGGAUUUUACAUUUUGUCAAAGAACAUUGCCUCUAUAAAUGUUGCAUUUGAUAACACCAACUUACUAGUACUGUAAACUACUGAUUUUCUCCAAUUCUUUUUUUAUGAUGAACAUGUCAAGAAAGUAGUUUGAUGGUGUGCUGUAAAUCUUUGUCACUGCAAGGGAUGUUACAAUCACAGAUGUCCCCUAAAGAUGACAUCACUUCAUGUUAGGUGUGGGGUCUAUGGAUCUCUUCUAACAGCCAGUGUGCAGAGUGCACCGAGCAAGCGGCUAUGGCUCUCAAGUGUAAAUGUUUUUGCCUCAUACACAGGAUGCAAUAGGUGUAAAACAUACUCUCAAUGCGCUUUUUAAAUGCACUUUCCUUGAUUGAUUUAGAUUUUAUUAGGAUCUCUUUUGGUCCUCAUUUGGACUAAUCUUCCAAGAGUCCUUAACAAACUUUAAAUUACAAUCCAAUUUUCACAAAUAACAUGCUGUUACCAACAUACCAUAAUAUAUGAAAAACAAUAUACCUCUGAAAAGAGGUUGGUUCAGUCAUCUACCAUAGUCGUGCACAACAUCGCAAUCUAUUUUCAAGUGGUUCUAAAGUAUUCCUUGAAAUUAUUUAUUGAACGAUUUCUGGUUUCUCAAUUUUUUUCCGCUUUGAAUCUAAAUGUUUUGCUUAUUUCUCUGCUGGUGUAAGACAUGGAUGGUCGAUAUCCUAUUCUUUGUAUUGACUGAAUGUCUCUCUUACCAACUGAAUCCUGCAGUGAAUGGAUUUUGGCCAUAAUAAAAAAAAAAGGGUGCUCACUUUAUUAUCUUGUCGAUUGCUGACCACUUAAGAACAUUGCAUGAUUACAACAGAAUAAUCAUAUCACCGCCUUAGAAAAAUCCUUUCUGCUUUUUUCUGUGCAAUCUGAAGCCUUAUCUCACUUGUUGACGCAUUUCCCCACACCACAGAACGGUAGUUCACCUGACUUCCAAUUAAUGUUUGGGUUGUUUGCCUAAGAAUAUUUCCCAGUUUGAUACAUAGCUAUCCUUCUGGCCCUUCCACCCAAUUUUCAUUAUUUUAUCACCGAGAGUUAUAUGAGCUGACAAAUUGAGAAUGGCGAUGGGAUGUAUAGCGGCCGUUUUACAGGCUCUUGACCAAUUAUGCAAUUUAGUGUGUUUGUUUUGCGCUGCCUUUUUUUUAACGUGAUGUUUCCUUUGACUGAAAAUCGCUUCUGGACAUUAGAACAGCACUCAUUAACCUCGAACUGGAUGAAGAAUUCUACUUCAAUGACUCAUCCGUGCAGGACAUACUGCUCACCCGGGACCAGGCCCUAAUCCCCGACACUCAGAAGUGGAAAAGACGCCAACGUGGGGGCACCUUGAUGAAACUACGGCGGGAGUAAAUAAACCGUCUCUACCCUCUGUUCUAUUGGUGAAUGUACAAUCACUGGAGAUUAAACUAAGCUCAGUUCGAGACUAUCCUGUCAACGGGACCUGAAGAAGUGUAAUAUCAUAUGCCUCACAGUAUAUUAACCAACGGGACCUGAAGAAGUGUAAUAUCAUAUGCCUCACAGUAUAUUAACCAACGGGACCUGAAGAAGUGUAAUAUCAUAUGCCUCACAGUAUAUUAACCAACGAGGACAUGGUUAGUAUUCAGACGCCUUGACUUUCUCCACAUUUUUGUUACGUCACAGCCUUUUUCUAAAAUGACCAUGAUUGAACUCUUUUUGGCCUGAAUGCCAAGCUUCCUGGCACUAUCCCUACUGUCAAGCAUGGUGGUGGGUGCAUGCUGUGUGGAUGUUUCUCCGCAGCAGGGACUGCGAGACUAGUCAGGAUAGGGAAAGAUGAACGGACCCUAAGCACACAGCCAAUACAAUGCAAGAGUGGCUUCGGGACAAGUCUCUGAAUAUCCUUGAGUGGCCCAGCCAGAGCCUGGGCUUGAACCCAAUCUAUCAUCUCUGGAGAGACCUGAAAAUAGCUGUGCAGCGACACUCCCCAUGCAACCUGACAGCUUGAGAGGAUAUGCAGGGAAGAAUGGUAGAAAUGCCCCAAAUACAAGUGUGCCAAGCUUGAAGUGUCAUACCCAAGAAGACUUGAGGCUGUAAUCGCUGCCAGUUUAAUCUAUUUUAGAAUAAUGCUGUAAAGUAAAAAAAUGUGGAGAAAGUGAAGGGGUAUGAAUACUUUCCGAAUGCACUGUAAAUGUAGCUGUUUUUUUCUAUGCAAGGACUGAGCUGAACUGCAGGGUCUCGUAAACUCAAGGGCGGAUGUGUCUCUUUUUGUUAACAGCUGGUGCUCGAUCUCUGUUAAUGAAGACUAUAGGUUCUGCUCCGAGUUAGAAUACCACAUGAUAAGCUGUAGACAACUCUUGGUAAAUAAUAUUUUCAUCUAUAUUUUUCGUAGCUGUGUAUUUGCCACCACAAACCGAUGCUGACAGUAAGACCGUACUCAACGAGCUAUAUAGGGCCAUAAGCCAACAACAAAAUGCUCAUCUAGAGGUAGCGCUCCUACUAUAUUUAAUGCAGGAAAACUGAAAUCCGUUAUACCUAAUUUCUACCAGCAUGUUACCUGUGCAACUAUAGGGGAGAAAAUCACUUUUACUCCACACAGACUCAUACAAAGCUCUCUCUCACCCUCCAUUUGGCAAUUCUGACCAUAACUCUAUCUUCCUGCUUACAAGCAAAAAGACUGGAGUAUGUUCCAGGAUUCAUCUGAUGGCAUUGGAGUUUACCACACCAGUCACCGGCUUGGAUCAUUUUUGCUAUUUGAUUUUGGAAUUUUAAGACCCCUUAAAGUAUUAAAAAAAAAAAGUGACAAAAAUGAUUUAAAUUUGUAUUUUGCCAUACUGCUUUUAGCCCAUACAAAUAGUCCAUGGAUAAAAGAAAGAGCAGGGAUUUUAUUUUAUUUUUUGUACAGGUAUUUAACCCCUUAUUUGUGGCCGCUAUACCAGAUUUUUUUUAGUGUCUUUAGCAUGAGGGUUGUCAGACUGUUUUUGCCCAAAUGUAUCUUAAAUUCUAGACGUUGGAUUAAAAUGAGGAAACAGGGUCCAGGAGGUAACCAACCAUUAGACUUAGAUCCAUUUGAACUGAAUACGUUUGAAGUUUUUAUUACAUUCACAAUUUACCACUAUCACGUGCACAUUUCUGCCCAAUAUAAACCAAUGAUGUGCUUGCUUUUGUAGUAUUUCUGACAAUGCUAACAUCUUUUCAGCUAAAUCUCAGUUCUAAAACAGGAUAUACUCGGUUGCUUCGCAACAGCAGCAGCUAGCUACACCAGUUGCAUGAGAAGCAAAAGGAAGGUAUCUAGCUUGGUAUAUUUUGUAAUGGAAGGUUUUUAUAUGGCUGAAGUCAUCUGUGGAAACUGCUGACCUGGACACUUGCGUGUAAUCAGAGCACAAAUAAGCUAGUGAACGUCCUUGGUUGCUAUUAUAGCCAGUUACAUACACCAGACUGGGAAAACUGCCACGCUGCUAAUACAAUCAUGCACCAGAGCAGACUUGUCGCUGUUGGAAGAUGCAGAGCAAAUUAUAUCCCUUACCUUAAGUAUUAAGUACGCUCUCUCUGUCACUGCAAUUAUCUUCGUGUAAUUAUAAUUCAAUACAGUGCCAAGUUACUUUUUGUGUUCCCGCAAGUAAAAAGUAGCAGGGGUGCAAUUGCACACGAAGCAUAAGGGUAAAACAACAACAUCAUAAUAAUCAUUGUUUGCUUGCGUGACCUGUGCACAGUCAAAAGAUAACGCCAUGCUUGCUAAUUUGGUUAACUGUGAUAAACUGUUUUCAACACAACUGCUUUGGAUUAUUUCAAGUUUUUUUUACCAAGCAAGAGAAAUAAACGUUCAGUCAGUGUUGAGUGAAUGAAUAAACAAAAUAAUGGAACGAACACAUGCUGUCAUCACCAAACCAUUUUAAAUAGUGUCAACUUGACGUAUUUAUAACAUGGUUCGUAGCAUAACGUGAUUUUGAAGGUCCUGGGUUAGCCUACCGGAGGGGAUAUUUUGACCAUUCUCUGUAGUCUAUAGGUUUUGUCACCCCCUUCCUUUCCAGACACACUAGCAUGCACGCACGGUGUGCUUAUUUUAAUUUAUUAGGUGUCUUAACCCUUGUGUAGUCUUAACAUUCUGUGUACUCCCCUUAUCCUAAGGGUAAAAAAUGACCCGUCUUCACUAAACCGCUAAAAUAAAACGGCUUAAUUUUAAACCCCAAAUCUAUUUUGCAUGAAGAAACAACCUGGCAUUCAUCAAAAACUUUGAAUAUCUGGGUUUUCCCAGAAAGACUGCAUUUUAAUCAGUGGACAUGUCACGAGAAUGUUCUCUCAAUGGUUGAAUUCAACUACUACUCAAAGCUUUGUCCACUACACACAUACAUUGUUUAUCAUGUUCUGCAACAUGUUUCAUAAUUUUCUGCAAGCCUAAACAUUUCUCACACGGGUGGGGACAGAAUGUCCUCGUUUUGGUUUCACAGUAGCACAACUUGUCUGUCGAUAGCUCCUCUUAUCCUUUGUUUCACACUUGCACCCUACUUACGUAGCUAAACAGGAACAAAAUGUCCUGGUUCUAAUUCUGACUAAAACUACACACAUCAGAUUAUAGUUUUAUGAUUCUAAUACAAUUAUAUGGUUUCAGUUUGGAAUAGUUUAGUCUUUAUCUUAAACAUAGAAGAAUUUGUAUCAGGACACCACUUGUUUUUAUUACAACACACCUGUCAUAAUUGUUUUCACUAAAGUAGAGGUUUAUUAUUAUUGCUAAAUGUACUGCAUAAGUGUAAACAUAUAUAUUUUUAGCAAGAGAUAGCACUUGUAUAACCUAAAAAGUAGAAAAAUGUGCAGAAAGUCGUUUCUAAUGCAUUUUAUGGAAGGGAAACAUUGACAGUCUUGAACAUUUUUGUCAACAUAGUGAUAUAUUCUUAUGUUCUGUACAAUGAGGAAUUCAAAUACUAGUCUUCUCCCAUUUAAAAAAAAAAAAAAA